CCUCCUUAUCGAUUAGAUCGACUCCGUGGAAUCUCACGUCGCGCAUUCGUUCUGCAUUCGGCUAUACCCCUGUACAUCUUCGCUUGCAUUGCGACCGACUACCGAAUUAUCUUUCUUUCAUCCAAUCCUCAUUUAUUCUACAUCCAUCUACACAAUGACCGGCCCGUCCAUUCAAGAUCGUACCGGCGAGUUCCACGCCAUUCUGGGUCAAGCCCAGAAGCGCAUGGCCGCCAACAAAGCUAGCGCUCAGCGCCAGGCUCUUUUGACAGAUGCGCAGCGGAAACAAGCAAAUGGUUCCGCAGAUGGGCAGGGUGGCAAACGAAGGUCGGAGUUUGCCCGGAGAGCUGUGGAAAUUGGACGAGGGAUUACGGCGACAACUGCUAAGCUUCAGAGACUGGCCGAGUUGGCCAAGCGAAAGACGCUCUUUGACGACAGACCGGUUGAAAUCUCCGAGUUGACGUUUGUGAUCAAACAAGAUCUCGCCUCGUUGAAUCAGCAAAUCGCCUCGUUGCAAGCGCUUACUCUUUCACAACAUCCCAAGAGCAAUCGGUCGAAGGCGGAUCAGGAAGGAGAGCACAAUGAUAAUGUGGUUGUCAUGCUGCAAGGUAAAUUGGCGGAUGUGGGAGCAAACUUCAAAGAUGUGCUUGAAGUGCGAACAAAGAACAUCCAGGCCUCGCGAUCCAGAACCGAAAACUUUGUCUCCUCGGUAUCCUCAAAGACACAUUCCGCCCUCGAUACGCAGCGCUCCGAUUCCCCGCUCUACAACACAUCCGGGCGGCGGACGCCUCAGCCGGGCGGUGCUUCCGAUCUACUGACUCUGGAACCUUCGAACCCAUCUCCGCUCGGCCGCCCCUCUAUGCACUCAGAUCAGCAACUAUUGGUCAUGGAGGAAGCCCAGACGAGCAACGCCUAUAUCCAAGGGCGUGGUGAGGCAAUCGAUGCGAUUGAACGCACCAUCAGCGAGUUGGGUGGUAUCUUCGGUCAGCUUGCGCAGAUGGUCAGCGAGCAAUCCGACAUGAUCCAGCGGAUAGACGCCAACACGGAAGACGUUGUCGAUAAUGUGCAGGGAGCACAUCGCGAGUUACUGAAGUACUGGACGCGGGUAUCCGGGAACCGGUGGCUCAUCGCCAAGAUGUUUGGCGUCCUAAUGAUCUUCUUCCUACUCUGGGUGUUGAUAUCGGGAUAGACACACCCCUAUUCUUUUCUACUAUAAUGUAUUAAUACUGGUUCGUGUUCGUCCUGCUGUGCUGAACGAAUAAUGCAACCGUUUCUGUCGCUUAGCCUUGCAUUCUUGUCUGCUACAUUGUUUGGCCGUGGCUAGAUCUGAUGAUCGAUCUUCUAC